AUGGCCUCUGGAAGCCAGCAGUCGUCAUCCAGCCAGCUGACACUGAACGUUCAUAGCACGUCCUCACCGCAGAAGGAGCAGUUGCUCCUGUGCCGGGGCAAAGCUUUCAGCGAUUUCACCGGACCAGACUGUCGGUUUCUGUCAUUUAAAAAAGGAGAGACUAUAUAUGUCUACUAUAAACUCUCAGGCCAAAGGACAAAUAUAUGUGCAGGGAGUGACCAACUCGUAAUCAAUCACAUAUACACUGAAAAAGAAAUGGAGAUUCCUGCUGAGGAAACCGACAUUGUUUGCUUUGAGACUGGACACGAUAAGUUUGACAGUUAUGACAUUGAUUCACUGUUAGGUUCCUCUUUAUUGUUAACAGACAAGGAAGAAUCUGUGCAAGUAACCACAGAGACUUUGUACCUAAACAAAAGUGCUGAGAGCACCACGGUGGAAGUGGAUGAGCCUCCACCUGAAGUGACACUGUUCGAAAAUUAUAAGAUUGAUAGGGAUGUACCUGAGGACAUUGAUAAGGUUGUAGAGGUUCCAGAUAAUGAUGAUCUGAGACAUUUUGAGCCUUUAGAGUCCUCUUUGCCUCAGCCUGAAACUCUUGACACAAAGGGAGUGGAAUCUAACACUGUACUUGAGACCACAGCUGAGAGGAUCAAAGAUUACCUUCAGAAAGAUCAGCAGAGGACAGUGCCGUACAGUGUUGUUGAACCAGAGGAAGGUGAGAUCAAAGAAACCCCCUCAGAACCUGAAUCCAAAGAUGAUCCUGAGUUAGAAAAUGCACCUGAUGGUUUUUCAGAAGGCAGAUCUAUUCCUGAGUUAAACACCACACUAGGAAUAACUUUUGAUGCUGUCACUUCCAAUGAUAAGGACACUUGGAAGGUGACUCCAUAUGACGAGGAAAGUGACAAGACUGAAUAUCAGCAGGAUGAGGAAAGUGAUUAUCAUCUCAGGCAAACUCCAUUGCUGGCUUUUCCUGAAGAAAGUUCUAAUUUGGAACACGAGAACAUUCCAGAAUCUGAUCAGACAGAUGAGGAAUACAGUCUAUCAGAGGUACCUCAUACACAGAAACAGGACUCCAAGGACAAUAACCUGUGGUCUGCAUUUGGUGAUACCGUUUUUAACAUUGUCAGUGGUGGGGAAAGAAUAGCUUAUGUUGCCGGUUCAGAGGAAGAUGACGAGGAGGAUGAUGACGAAGGUGAGAUUACACCAGAGGAGCCUCCCAAAAUUGAAGAACCCAAGGAGUCAUUUGGCUGUUCUACUUCCUCUGAGCUAAUCUUUGAGGAACCUGCGGACUCUAAUUUCAGUGAGGAUGCUGUCAAAGUACCUGAUGAGGAUUCUCAGACGUUGCAGUUUGAGAAUGAAUCUGAAGAAGGUGACAUCGAACCUUCAACACCUCCUGCUGAUGAGGCGAGUCCCUUUGAACACACUGAGGCUUUAGCAGAGAAUCUCACAGAAGAUGACAGCCCAGUCCCUAAACAGCUCUCACAGACAGACAUGCUCUCAGACUUUGAUAGUAAAAUGAACAAAUCAGAGCAGAAACAAGCUGUUGAAGAACUCCCCAUACAAAAAGAGGAGUCAAUAGAUUUCUCACAAGUAGAGAAUACAUUUAAACAGGGUGGUACAGAGCUUUUCAGACUAUUUCGAGAACCAUACCAGAAGGUCCCAGAUCCAAGUAGAAACACAAUGGUGAAAGAGAGCCAUCAAGAACUCCCCAUAGAGGAGGAGGAUUCAAUACACCUAGAGGGGGAAGAGAUUGAGGAAGAGUUGCUAGAGGAUGAAAAUGCAGUAUUAUCUUCAUCCAAAACUGAGCACACUGAUGAAAAUGACACAGAAAGUCUAUCUGAAUUUGGGUCAGAGCAACCCAAUAAUUAUACACAAACCGAUGUUGUAUCCAGUGAUGUGUUGGAUGUGGUCCAACACGACGAGGCUAUUGACAUAGAACCUGAGGUGCAUGAGACUGAAAAUGGUGCUGAAAGCCACACACCCUCACUUAAAGAUAAAGUUUUGGAUCCCCUUCCAAACAAAGAGGCGGAAUACAGUGACAAUGUGUUGAGGCCGACACUAUUGCGACACCGCUGCAAGGAGGAAGAUAUGGAGCGCCUCCUAAAGAUUCUCGGUCCUCAGAACCUCUUUAGGUUGGAGUUCCUUUUUUUUGACCUGGAGCUGAAGGCUGCCCUGCUGUCCCAGACAAACGCCCGUGAGGACAUUGAAAAGGUGCUGGAAGCCAUUUUGGAAGCCUCUGAAACCCCAAUCCUGGAUGAGUUUGAGAUGAUGCUGGAUGCCCAUGAGAACGCUGAACAGCAGCAGGAUGCUGGUGAGUUUGUUGAGGAAACUUCCAUCUUGGAAGACUUCCAGGAAUUGGUGUUCACCCUGCGUCAGAAGUACUCAACGGCCAGAAGCAGUGCUCCCAUGGCAGUGGGCAGUCAACUACACCCUGACACAGAUGGGAAUAUGUCUGAAAAUACCUUGGACAUGGGACUUAGCGUAGACAUGGAUCACCCUCCCUCAGGAUCUCUGGAGUCACCUGCUGUCACUGAUUUCCAUGAAGAUGAGCAGAGUGGUUCAUCAUUCGUAUCAGUGCUAAUUUUAUCUGGUUGUCUCGUCACUCUGUUUUAUGAGUAUCUUGGAAUACAUGGUGUUAUGAUGGUCACCAGCCUGCCAGAGCACUGGAAGCCAGGUCCAGACUUCUACGGCGUGUCCUGUGAACCCGUGCUGGUCACUGCAGGUGCCGGGGUCAUCGGCUUCCUCUUCUGGAGGAGCAUUCUAUCUGUCAAAGGCAAGUCAUAUCUAAAAAUGGUGGACAGGAUGAAAAAGCUUGAACAAGAGCAGAAGGAGAUACUCCAAAAGGUCGCUGAACUGCAGCAACAGGGCGAAGAACUUAAAGAAAAGCAAAAGCUGUCUGAAAAAUCUGCCACUUUAUCUCUGGAGAAGAUCCAGGAAUUGGAGAAUAUUGUGCAAGAGAUGGAGAGACAAAAUGAGCGCCUGGACGAGGAAAAUAACUUACACGCCAUAUCCUUUGACAAAGAGCGGGCCAAUACUGCGAAACAUGAAGAUAUGAUGUCCGAAAUGGACAAAACCAUUGAGAAGUUGAAGCGCAGCAAGAAGAAGACCCAGGAUGCACUCUCGAAGUCUACCAUUUUGAUGGAUAAAGCCAAACUCCGCGAAGAUGCCCGGAAUGUCCAGGUCCAGGUUCUGGAGAAGGAUUUUGCCACCCUGGAGGAGGAGAACCUCUCGCUGCACCAUGCUGCCAAGUUGUGGGAGGAGAAGCACAGGGAGACAAGCGAGCAGAUCAAAGUCUACCAGGAGUCCCAGAAAGACCUGGAGGAUUCCCUCCUUCAGAAGGACCACAACGUAGAGUUUUUUUUUACACGUUACGAUAUUGUUCUAUCUGACCUGCUAGGAGACCUGGAGGCCUGCGAUGACCUGAAAGGUGGAGUUGUUGCUAACGGGGUAGCCUCUAACGGUAAGUCACCUGACACGGGCGUGCAAAACCGCCAUAAGCAAAUGAUGGAUGUCUCUCGGAACUUUCCACAGGUCCAGACCACUCUGUCUGUGGAGGAAGAGCGCGAUCGCUUCAUGACCAAGCUGCUGAACGAAGAGAAGUCCAGGAAAGAGCUGGAAGGUUUGUCCCAGCAACUAGAAUUUGAUUGCAUCACUGCCUUUUCUCUCUCAACACUAUCAACUAUCAAGAACCACCUGGAGAACCAGUACAAGACCCUGCAGCAGAAGAAUGAGAUCAUGACAGAGAUGUACCAGCAGAAGGAGAACGCUUUGCAGCAGAAGUUGACCAAGGAGGAGUUUGAGCGCCCCAACAAGGAAGACCGGCUGACGGAGAUGGACGGCAAGGCCCUAGAGGAGGAGGUCAAGGUGUGUAGGCAGCGCGUUAAGGAGAUCCAGGACGAGCUGAAAUGGACCGAGAAGUUCUACAAAGCUCAGAUCAUUGAGCAGGAGCAGAAAUCUCACGAGAACUGGGUGAUUGCACGCGCCGCAGAGCGAGCUCUGUUCGACGAGAAGAAGGAAACAACUAACAUUCGUAACUUACUGACUGACAUGUCCAGCAAGCUGAAGGAGCUCUGUAGGCCUCUGUUCAAGCCCACCCCUGGGAUGGCUCCCAUGCCUCUCCGACGAGGACCACGACCUCACUCUGACCCUCACGGCCGCCGUUACUCUCCGUACCACAAACACCCAGUGGCUGCUAGACCUGACACCAUGGCCCCACGUACAUCCUCACCAAGCAAUCUGGGCAUCGCGAACUCUCGACCUCAGGGUCCUGGCUCCCUGCUGGUCUCUCCCAUCAGCUCCCCCCUCGACUCAAGCCUCAGACCAGUCAUCAGCCAUCCCUCCGGACUCUGCCACCGUCCUCUUCCCGGACCCCACCACAUCCCUCCUCCCCCACCCUUCAUGCCUCCCGUGUACCGACCAGUCAACGGACACUCAGGCAUGAUGCCUCCUGGACCCCCACCGCCUAACGGACACCCGCCUGGUCCAAUGAUACCACCCGGACAUCGGCCUCCACCUCCUGGUGCUUACGGUCCCUCUUCCCCACACAACCGGUACCUUCCUCCACCUUCUCACUAUGGACCGGUGCCUCCUCCAUUCGGACCCCCACAUACCUACGUGCACUAUGGACCACUUGAUCACUUCAUCCCACUCCGACACCUGCCCCCUGGGGUGGCCCCAUUCCCUCCUCAUGUCGGCCCCAAAGACUUCCCUGUGCAGCCACAGGUCCCACAUGGCCAUGACUCUUCAGUGGGCCCCCAGCCCGGCGCUGGCCCCCAGGGCCAGGGGCAAGACUACAGCUCCCAGCAGGCAACAGCUGCCCCCCAGGACUCAGUCAGCUCUGCCAUGGCAGAGCCUUAGACACCUACCAACCGUUAACGACCUGGCUACAUUUAAUCAACCACGAUUCAUCUCUUUAUUUUUUCCUUUUUGUUUUUAAUUGGCUGAAAAUAAAUAUCAUAUGAUAUACUUGCAAACAACAGAAGUAUCUAAAAAGUUAGUGUUCCUGUUAAAGCAUCAGAAAAUCAAUGUCUUAUGUUUCGUGUCUGAAAUGUAAUAAUGACUUGAAGAGGAGUAGAACUGAGGCUUGUUACUCUGCAAGUCCUAUUGUGCAAUAACAUUUCUAUUGUAUGACUGAGGAUUUAAGUUUUUCAAAGGGUAUUAUGUUGAUUUUGUAUUAAUUUCACAAUGUUAUCAUGGUUUCCUGUGGAAAUUAUUCAAAAUAAAUGGACCCCAAGCUUUUGGGUUGCUUGAUCCAUCAUUUCAGAAGUACCAUAUUAUCUUAACUCUUCCCCAAACUCUCUUCAGAAUGAACUGAAAAGGAAAGUUGUGUAAGUUGAAAGUCAAAGAUGUAUUUGCUGUUCUUAGGAUAUUUUAUUAAUAAAACUGGUAAAAGGUA